AACUAGUGCUUCCGGCUUUACACUUCCUCUUUUGCUCUGCAUUGGGACGCAAACAUGGUGAACGUCCCGAAGACCCGCAGGACUUACUGCAAGAAGUGCAAGAAGCACCAACCCCACAAAGUCACCCAGUAUAAGAAGGGAAAGGAUUCCCUUUAUGCUCAGGGUAAGAGGAGAUACGACAGGAAGCAGAGCGGCUACGGUGGUCAGACCAAGCCCAUCUUCCGUAAAAAGGCUAAGACAACAAAGAAGAUUGUGCUGAGGCUCGAGUGCAUGGAGGCCAACUGCAGAUCCAAGAGAAUGCUGGCCAUCAAGCGAUGCAAGCACUUUGAGUUGGGCGGAGACAAGAAGAGAAAGGGCCAGGUCAUCCAGUUCUAAGAUGUGGUUCACUUUUCUGGAUGACAUUGUCACAAUUUUCAAUAAAUGUGUUCAAAUUUA